UAAACAAGCAACAAAAGCGAGUCAGAAACGCAACACUGUGAGCAGGUCUUACUGCUAACCAGUUCAGGGAGCUAGCAGUUAGUUAAUGUUUGGACUAUCGAUUGGAUUUGUGUUUGUUGUCAUCUGUCUGUUGUACCAUUGUAAAACUAGGAACGGCUUCUAAACUGGCGACUGUUAUAACCUGAUUAGUUUAAUACGACAAAGCAGAAUAGGGAAAAUCCAGAUUUCAAAAUGGAUUUAGGUCUCUCUGAACCGACACUCAAUGUGAUCAAGGCCAUUAUUAUCAUGGAUCAGGAUGGUCACCGAAUAUUGGCUCGCUACUAUGAGCCUACAGGUCCACUCAGCAACGAGAAAUCUUUUGAAAAGAUGCUCUUCAAUAAAAUGGGCGCCGCCGAAGUCUGCAUGCUCGAGGGACUCACUUGUGUCCACAAAUCAAACGUGGACCUGCACUUGUACGUAAUCGGAUCAGGAAACCAAAAUCCACUGUUUUUCUCUGCAACACUCAACUGUUUAUACGAAACACUUUCUUUACUAUUCCGGAAGAGUGUUGAGAAGCGGGCGCUCAUCGAUCAGCUCGAUGCAGUUCUUCUUGUACUCGACGAGAUCUGCGAUAAUGGGGUCAUUCUGGAAACAGACGCCAACGCUGUGUUUAGUCGUUUGGCGGUGAAGGGCAGCGACGAGGAGCAGAACGUUUCGCAGUUGUUCCAAAGUGCUAAAGAGCAACUGAAGUGGUCAUUGCUUAAAUAGGUGGCUUUAGACGCAAAUUAGUUCUCAUUACUUUUCCUCCAUACCUUCCACACGUGUCCUCUCGACCCCAAAUGCCUUGUAAUUGGAUGUUAACUAUAGACCGUGUGUGUAAUGUUGACGAACGGGGAACACAUUUCACGAUAUAUCAGUACGACAUUGCCAUAAAUCGUAUAGUGUGUGAAUAAAUGUAUUUCAUAUAUAUUUUCAAACGCAAAUGCGUGUUUCAUAUGUGCUAUUCAUGCUUUUUCAAUGGCUAUAGUGAAAAUCUAUUGUUCCCUUUCGUAAUACCGUAGCAUGUGUGUAAUUUUUGGCAGACAUUUUCUUGCAGUGAAGUGGCUUACUUAUGGCAGUGUAAAAAAUAUUUCGACGUGUAAUGUUUUGUCACCUGAUACUACAAUGGAAAAAACAACAACACAUCCGUGUUGUUGCUAAUAAAAAAUUGUGAUGUGCAGAUGUUUGAGUAAAUAUCUUUACAUCGUUUCGAAUACCCUUUUGUCUGCACACACGUUUUGCAGCUACCAUUAUUCCCUCGCAAGGGCUAU